GGAGACAUUUUUGAAUGGCUUCAUUCUUCUUUUUCUCCUGUUUCCACAGAUUCUUCUAUGGGGAGAAUGGGAACAGGAAAUGACACCUCAGUGUCUGAGUUUAUCCUUGCUGGUUUAACAGACCAACCAGAGCUCCAGGUCCCUCUCUUCUUCCUGUUCCUUGGGAUCUAUGUGGUUACUGUGGUGGGGAACCUAGGCUUGAUCAUUUUGAUUGGUCUUAAUUCUCAUCUUCAUACCCCCAUGUACUAUUUCCUCUUCAAUUUGUCCUUUGUAGAUCUCUGUUAUUCCUCAUCUAUUAUCCCUAAGAUGCUUGUGAAUUUUGUGUCAGAGAAAAAUAUCAUCUCCUAUCCAGGGUGCAUGACUCAGCUCUAUUUCUUCUGUUUCCUUGUAAUUUCAGAGUCCUUCCUUCUGUCAGCCAUGGCAUAUGAUCGUUAUGUUGCUAUCUGUAAACCAUUGCUUUACAACAUCACUAUGUCCUAUCAGGUCUGCUCUCUGCUGGCAUUUAGUGCCUAUGUGAUGGGGUUUUCUGGUGCCAUGGCCCACACAGGAAGCAUGCUGAGACUGUCCUUUUGUAACAACAACAUCAUCAAUCACUAUAUGUGUGACAUACUUCCUCUCCUGGAGCUCUCCUGCACCAGCACCUAUGUCAACGAGUUGGUUGUUUUCAUUUUUGUGAGCAUUGACAUUGGAGUCCCCACUGUCACCAUCUUUAUCUCUUAUGCUUUAAUACUUUUCAGCAUCCUCCAUAUCAACUCCACAGAGGGCAGGUCCAAAGCUUUCAGUACUUGCAGCUCCCACAUAAUUGCAGUUUCUCUUUUUUUUGGGUCUGGAGCUUUCAUGUACCUCAAACCUUCUUCUCUUCUCUCCAUGAGCCAAGGGAAAGUGUCCUCUGUGUUCUACACCAUUGUGGUGCCCAUGCUGAACCCUCUGAUCUACAGCCUGAGGAACAAGGAUGUCAAAUUGGCUGUCAGGAAAAUCCUGAGCAGAAGAAUAUUCUGA